UGUGGGAGUGAACAGAUGGGGUUUGUUACCAGCUCCUGCUGUACCAUCACUUAUUCAAGCUUCAGGUGUUGUUUUAGUGCCAGCAUAAAGGAUUGGGUGGACCAUAUUCAAAAAGACAUGAUUGCAUUAACAGACAAAGCCACUGGGUUGCAGGACCUAAUACAGAUAUAUGAUAAACACAAAACCCACUUCAGCGUGGAAUCCAACAAUGCCCGGAAACUGGUGGCAACGGCUGCAGGAAACAUAGAGAAACUGCUGGCCAAGCGCUCCGAAGCCCUAAAGGGUGUAAUCUCUCCAUUGUUUGUGCUAUCAAGUAUCUCUCCUAGUAUGGUGGCAGAAAUCGAGAGACUUGCUACUGAAGCUGAAAAGUAUCAAAAGGAACAUCAGUGGACAGUCGACAGUGAGGCUAACAAACUCCUUUACUACAAUGCCAAAGACGGUAUUAAUAGGACUAUAUUGGAGAUGGAACAAGAGAAAAAAGAGGAAAAGAAGAACAGGUUCAUUCCAGAUGACUUUGAAAUAGACCCAGACUUCAAACGCCUCGUCUCCUACAACACCACUGCCGUCCAUAUCCCUACCGACAUAUAUGAAGGCUCCACCAUCAUUUUGAAUGAGCUAAACUGGACAGAUGCCUUGGAGGAUGUUUUCCGGAGAAACAAGGAAGAUGAUCCCUCACUGCUGUGGCAGGUGUUUGGCUCUGCUACUGGACUGGCUCGGUACUACCCAGCUUCCCCCUGGAUCGACAGGAGAAAUUCACCCGACAAGAUUGACCUAUAUGACGUACGCAGACGACCCUGGUACAUUCAGGGGGCGGCGUCACCCAAGGACAUGCUGAUCCUGGUGGAUGCGAGUGGAAGUGUGUCAGGUCUCACUCUCAAACUGAUCAAAACAUCUGUCAGCAAUAUGCUGGAGACCCUCUCUGAUGAUGACUUUGUAAACGUGGUUUCUUUCAACAAAACCGCCCGGCCUGCAGCAUGCUUUCAGAACCUGGUGCAGGCCAAUGUGAGGAACAAAAGGAUCUUGAAGGAGGCUGUGCAGAGACUCAAAGCUGAGGGUAUCACCAACUACACAAGUGGCUUUGAGCUUGCCUUUGAACAGCUUGCACAGACCAACAUCUCUAGGGCCAAAUGUAACAAGAUUAUAAUGCUGUUCACCGAUGGAGGAGAAGAGAGGGCAGAGGAGAUAUUUCAGAAAUAUAAUCCAAAGCAAGAGGUGCGCGUCUUUACAUUCUCAGUAGGUCAGCACAGCUAUGACAAAGGGCCAAUACAGUGGAUGGCCUGCAAUAAUAAAGGUUAUUACUAUGAGAUCCCAUCUAUUGGGGCCAUUCGGCUGAACACUCAGGAGUACUUGGACGUUUUGGGUCGGCCAAUGGUCAAAGCUGACAGCAAGCCUAAGAGAGACCGAAAGGCCAAGGAAGUUCAGUGGACAAAUGUCUACCUGGAUGCAUUGGAGCUUGGUCUUGUAAUCACUGGAACGCUGCCUGUCUUCAACAAGACUGACACAGGGUCAAAGAAGUCACAAAACCAGCUCAUCCUGGGAGUUAUGGCUAUUGAUGUCUCCCUGGAAGAUAUCAAGAGACUUACUCCUCGGUUCACAUUUGGUCCAAAUGGCUACUACUUUGCUAUUGAUCCAAAUGGAUACGUGUUGCUUCACCCUAACCUUCAGCCGCUGACUGCCAAGUUUGAUGAACCUGUCACACUCGACUUUCUGGAUGCAGAAUUGGAGAAUGACAUAAAAGUGGAGAUAAGAAGUAAAAUGAUUGAUGGAGAAACAGGAAAUUACACUAUAUUUACACUGGUGAAAUCCCAAGAUGAGCGCUACAUUGACCAAGGUCAGAGGACCUACACCUUUGCUCCUGUGAAGGGGACAGACUACAGCCUCGCCCUGGUCCUACCAAACUACAGCAUGCAUUACAUCCGUGCAACAAUAGGCGACACAAUAACCCAAGCAAAAUGGAAAGAUGUUUCUGAGAGCCUGCUUGCAGACAAGUUUGAUGAAUACGGGUAUACAUUCAUUGCACCAAGGAUGUACUGCAGGGACUUAAAGCCACCUGACAAGGAAACAAACAACACAGAGUACCUGAUGGAUUUCAACAAUUAUAUUGACAUAAAGACUCCAAACAACCCCAUGUGUAAUGUAGAGCUUGUGAACAGACUUCUCCUUGAUGCUGGUAUCACCUCUGAUCUAAUCAAGAUCUGGAAACAGAAUGAGUUGCAGCCAGGCAUUAUUGCCAGAUUUGUUGCAACUGAUGGAGGAAUCACUCGCGUCUUCCCCAAAAGUGCCGGGCUGGACUGGAAAGAAGAAGCGGAGACCUAUGAGUCAAGUUUCUACAAGCGAAGUUUAGACAAUGAUCUGUACAUCUUCAAAGCAACACUCUGCAAUGAAAGUGAUAAUGAUGUCCUCGUGAGCCGAGCAGUAAGCCUUGAGAUUAAAGGCCAUACACUCAAGCCAGCUGUUGUUGGUGUGAAGUUGGACAUCUAUGCAUGGAUGGAGAGCUUCAUCAACAUCACCUAUAGGAUGAACUGCAAGGAUGAGAUCUGUGGCUGUAAGAAGGAUGAUCCAUAUAUAAACUGUGUCCUUCUGGAUGAUGGGGGAUUCCUGAUUAUGUCAAAUCAAGAGGACUAUGUUGAUCAGAUCGGCUGUUUCUUUGGCGCCAUUGACCCUGACCUCAUGAGAACUCUGGUCAACUCGUCGCUGUUCACAGCCAAGAGCACCUACGACUACCAGUCUGUCUGUGAGCCCAAGAGAGAGAGCAAGGCGGCUGCAGGCCUGCGAUCCAUCUAUGUGCCCACAAUAGCAGAUAUAUUGAAUUUGGGAUGGUGGGCAACAGCUGCAGCCUGGUCAAUUGUGCAACAGUUGCUGGUCAGCAUCACAUUCCCAAAUCUUCUGGAUGCAGCUGAAACGGAUGAUAAAGUGUCUGAUGCAAUGACUAAGGAGGUGUGCAUCACAGAGCAAACUCAGUACUUCUUUGAGAAUAAGGAGUCAUCCUUUGGAGGCUCAUUCGAGUGUGCAAACUUCACCAGGCAAUACCUAGCUGAAAAGGUGCCCAAUACAAAUCUGGUCUUUAUCAUUAGUGACAGACAAGAAGGCAACAGCCAGUCAUGUGGCUUGGGCAAAUUAAGACAGGAUGAACAGCCAUCUGAUGGGCCGGAUCCCUGUGAAAUAGCUCUCAGGCCUCGCUACAGGAAAGCUCCUUCAGUUUGUUUUGAUAAAACUGAGCACGAGGAGGACCCUGACUGUGGUGGGGUGUCCAGCCUGAUCCCCUCACUUUGGCUGAUGGUCGUCAUUCAGGUGGUGUUGCUCUGGGUUAUAACUGACUCCAGGAUUGCUCCAGGGAAAUCUUUGUUGCCAUAGCGCAACCAAUCAGGAGACAUCCAGCUUUUGUCUUCUGCAGCUCAGUGGACAAAAUUUCUAGUGCCAUGUGGACUGUGUGACUCAGACAAACCCUCUGUAGACUGUAGCUGCUAAAUGGAGUGUACUGUUGAAUAUAUUACCUUAUGUAUUGCUUGAGUGAAGUGUGUGUACAUGGUUCAUUCAUUAAAUAAUCUUAAUAAAGAGUAAGCAACUUCUCUGUGGUCAUAAAGAAAAGGGUACAUUUAUAUUUCUUGCUGUCACUUUAAUUUAAAUGACCAUCUGCACUGAAAUUCAAAGUGUAGUUGUAUUAUUUAUUGCUACAUGUUGGAAUCCCAAUAGUGGCUCCCAUCAUUUAUUUUAUAACCCUAUUUCACAAACACUUGGCCCUCAUGUGGAAUUAAAUUGAGGACAGAAAAAAAUCUUAGAUUGUUUUGAAUUUUUUUAAUGUCUCCAAGUUAUGAAAGAUUGUCACCUGUAGCAAGACUUAUGUAUGCAGAAAUUACAGAUUUUUCAGCAACACAUGUAACACAAGAUCAUUUUCACCAUUAUAAUAACUACCAAUUACUGUCCCUAUUUCUUUAAAAUAUAUUAUGUUGUGAGACUGCGUAUAAUACAGCAGCAUUCUUAAUGAUUCUUUCGACUCCUUUAAAUUCUUUAAGGAGCCAAUGUUAUUGAGUACAUUUAUAUUGUUUUUUGUGCCUUGUUCUUGCAUUGGGUACUGCAAAGGUACUUCUACCCCUUGAACGUUUUUUUACAUUUUGUCACAUUACAACCACAAACUUAAUUUUAUACUAAGAUUUUAUGUGAGCACAACGUAAUGCAUAUUUGUGAAGUGGAAAAAAAUUAUACAUGGUAUUCACAAUAUUUUACAAAUAAAAAUCUAAAACGUGGCAUGCAUAUUAUACUUACUAUUUAACACCCCUACAUGUAUACUUUGUCGAACCCCCUUUUGCUGUAAGGAGAGCUGUGACCCAGCCUAAAAAUCUUGCAGCUUCUAACAGAUUUUUCUUCAAAGACUGUUAUCAUCUUGGCUCCAUCCAUCGCACCAUCAACUCUCAGCCUUGUCUUUACUUAAGAAAAGCAUCUUCAUAGCAUGAUGCUGCCACCACAAUGUUUCAUAGUGAGGAUUGUGUAUUCGGCAUAAGUAAAGUGCUAUGUUUCUGCACAAAGGUGUACUACACUUACUAAUUAUGAGAGGUCCGAAAAUAUGGUGGGAUUGAAUUCAGUUUAUGGGUAUCAGAGUAGUGUUCUAAAUAGUUAUUGCUGCACUCCUUUCAUAGUUUUGUGAAUAUAUUUUUUUGUACCUUUUUCCUCCCACUUCACAGUUGCAGACUGCUUUAUGUUGAUAUUAAAAUUAUAAAUUUAUAAUAAUUUAUAAAUUAAAUACAUAGAUGUUUGUGAUUGCAUCUUAACAAAAUGUGAAGUUCAAGGAUGAUAAAUACUUUGGCAAGGUACUGUGUAUAUGCAAGAUAUAUUUUAAGAAAAUGUUGUAUAGGUUUAAAGUUCAAUGUAAAUAUAAAAAAACUUGUUUCCAAGAAGGAUUUAAUGAGUUCAUGAAUGCAUUAAUUGGUCACAGCAAAGCUUCAAAACAAAAUAAAUCUGCCAAAUUCUUAAAGAACAAAAUAAACAGCGUUUGCAAACAACAUUGUGAAUUUCGGUUUCCCACAAGUGGAAAGAUGUAGCAAAUAACGUUUUUGGGGGGUUUAUUUGAUGUAAUUUGUAUUUGUAAUGUCAAUAGGAUUUACACCCUAAACUGGCUGGGAAACAUUAAUCGGAGAACCUGACGGUCAUUUGUUAUAAACCCAAGCUUUAGGUUCUCUUGAUAAAAUGUUUUAUUAAAACCACCUUAUUUGAUAAGUUUCUUCUGCUGUUAUUGGUUAAUCAUACAGUGAGAGUUAUUUAAGAUUUGUUGAUCUCUGCAUUAAACCGAGCACUUGGUAAAAAGCUCAUGUUGGCUCAUUGGUUCACUUAAAUGGGAGUCAUAUGAAAGAUUAUCCAUCAUUAUGUAAUCUUUAGGGCCUGAUGCAACUUAUAAAUAACUGACAUCAUUGUGGUUACAUUAAAAAAUUAAGCAACUUGGUGAUAUUUUGCAUCAGAUACUUUGUAAGAAACUGAAUCUUAAAAUUCUAAAUAUCCUCACUGAAAAAAGCCGUUUGCUACCUGAAACAAAAACAGGGUGUUUGUGUGAUUUGUGUGUAUAUGAUCUGACGAAAGUUUGCUGUAACCAUUUUUCCGUGUGAACCUGAAAAACAAAUAUUUAGAUAGUUUGCAUUGCCUCAUCAUUAAUCACAACGGUAUUGUGAAUUUCAGUUAAUCACUUCAUACUGAUUUUUGUUUCUGUUCGAGAAACAAUGGCAAUGUUGUCGAGCAUUUGUCCACUGUAUAACAAGGUAUGAUCAGCUAAUACUGCCGUCCUUUUGGGGAGACAGCAUUUGGCUUUACUGCAGGGAAGAAAAUCUGACUAAUGAGCAUGAUGUUUAGAAGCACUGUUCAAUCUAACAGGCUCACACCUUCUAUGAUUUAUACACCAUACCAGUGAUUUAGCCCAUUUUCUACAAAUUGGUAGUUCUCUGCAUUAUUGAUAAAAAAAUUUCCAGCCGCAUUUUGAUAUAAAAUGACAAAAGAGAGCUAUGCAAAGGUUUCCAAUAAAAGUUUGGUCUUCACUGGAUAGGCCCCAAUGUGUUUCCAUGCUCUGUUGAAAUUUUACCUAAUAGCCUCAUGUAUUCAUCUCACUUUUCCACCUAUUAAGCUUAAAGCUUUAGCAAUUGUUUAUAGAAGCACUAUUUUUUUCAAUGCUAAUUUGUUAGCAUACCAUUUUUAAUAUGUUAAGCUACCAUGGAGAACAUGUUAUCUUAACAUCAAAAAGCUAGUAUUAAAGGUUGCUUUCAUUCACUUUUUAAAUGAACUUUAACGUCAUGUACAAGCUUGUUGUUUUUUGGUUUUUUUCAUGCGAUAGUGCUAGCAACAUGCUAAUGAGUUAGCUGACAAGCCUAUGUUUGGCUCCAGUGAGUGGCUGUUUGUUUCGUUUUGUUUUAAGCUCUGGUUUCUUCUCAUAAUUGUUUAAAAUUAUAUCAGUGCAUAUAAAGACAGGAGACUGAAGCAUAAAAGUCAAAUGUGUGUACUUCCUAAUGCACACAAAUGCAUUUAGAACACUGCACCUUUAUUGCAAAGCUCAGACAUGAAGAAAAACUAUAAGAUUGGUUAUUCUUCUGUAAGGAGGAAUAACCAAUUUUAUCUUGUAAAAUGUUUUGAGAUUGAGCUUUCCGAAUGUGUAGCUGUAUAAUCAUUUGAGAACUCAUUCAGAUCUGUAUUGCAUUGAGUUGGCCAACUUUUCACACCUGCUAUUCCAGCCUAGUGCAGCUUCAGCAGCAAUCAUAAUUGCUAGGUCUAUUGGUUUUCUGUUAUUUUGCUACACAUAUUAGUUAAUUUGCCAUAUAGAAAUAUUAUUUCUAACAGUGACUGAUCUGGUUACGGAUGUUGGAAUGCUUUAUUUUGAGCACAAAUAUAGCUGUAAUUAAGGAACAUUGGUCUGACCUGCUGUAUAUUUAUAGUCCUUAGAAAUGAAAAAAAACAUUUUUUAAUUUUCUUAAUCUUCGCUUUAGUAGCCAUUUAAAACAAUUGCAUACAGCUGUCUUUUGUAGACUACCUCCUUGCUACCAAAGAUGUUGUAGUGCCAUUACCAGUGUGUACUCAGUCCUGCCUUAAUGUUCUUUUUUAAAUUAGCCUCCAUGGAACAUUAUGCUUAUUGAAAAAUGUGCUAUUUAUUAUGUAAAAGCCUCUUCCAGCCAUCAAUAACAGUGGCCUAUGCCGUGUCAUCAAUUAAACCAAAAGACAUUUUAGCAAGCUUUUUGAAGACUGCAUUCUUAAUUCCUCAAAUUAACAAAAAUUAGGCAAUGAUACAUGGAAAACUACUGGUGCAGGAUUGGUUUUAUCAAAAAAUGUAUCCUCAAAUUAAUUAAACUUAAACAUUUGCAGAGAAAGUGUCAUUGGAUACAUAAUUAAACUAAUAUACUUUUGCCAUAUGCGGCAUGGAGUUUAAUUAUACCCAAGAGCUUUAUGGUGCAGUAAAGUGAAACGCUACAUGUUAUCACUAUAAGCCUACGUUAUGUGGAUUAGGUUUGUGAUUGUGUUCAAAUUAAGUGUCUGGAGGAUAACUUUAUUUAUCCCAACAUCUAGCUCUCAAAUUGUUGCUCCUUCAUGCGGAAUAGUUUGGUGAAAUGCUAGGUUAAUGCUAGGUUGAUAAUACAGCUUGUAACAUAUUCUAGUGAUGUUGCACUUAAUCGUGUGCAGACAAAAUUACAAAAGGUGUUUUGCUUCAAUACCAUGGUGUCAAUGAAAACAUUCUUAGAUGAUGAUCACUGCUGCUUGUGUGAAUUACCUGUUGUGUAAGGUUGUCUUACAGACACAAUGGUUUCCUGGUUACAAUGUUAAUUUUUACUUGUGAUGAAGAGGAAAAUUACUGAUGUGUUUUAGCUACUUUCUGUGCAAUCGUCUGAAGAGCAGCAAAAAUAAUCCUUAACACUAAACAUAAUUUUAAAGAGUGAAAAAUAGAUAAGAUUAGAUUAAGGAAAAAAGAUUAUUUAGAUCAAUAAAAUAUUCUGCACAGUUUGAUACAGUUUUCAAGCUGUGCAUAAAAAUAGGCUAUGUUUAGGGAUUGCAGAAAUUGCAGAUGCACUACUCACAGGGGUUGAGGCUAACUUAAAGUUGCAACAAAUAUCAGGAGUUGAGGUUAGUCAGGGACUUAAAUACAGAUCAUUUAAUCUGCUUGAAGCUGAAGCCAAUACUUGGGACUCCUUAUCACACUGAGCAUUCCCUGUUUCAAAGUAACAGAAUGCAAAGUUUGGCCUUGACCUGCCUUUGACAUUAAUGUUAUCCUCAUCAACCAUGGUCAGAUUGCCUCCAGUACACUAUCAUAAAUUGUAAACCAUUAUCAUUUUAAUAAAAUGUGUGCAUAAAAAUAAAAAAUUCAAUACACAAAUAUUAGUCAAUUUAAAUUCUGUGUAGAAAUAAAGAAGAUGAAUAUUCAAUUUAAAUCAAAUAAUGUACAAGCUGUAGAUAUUGGGCUAAGAAUGCUGGCAUGGUCAGUAAUGUCAUUUUUUGGCAGAAAAUCAAUGCACUGUACAUAAUAAAUUAAUUCAUCUAAAUGGUAAGAAAGCAGUGGAAAUCAGAAAGCUUCAUAUUAGUCCAAAUGUUUCAUUCUGCUCCAAGUGCUAAAAUCAGAUGCUGUCACCUCAGGAAUAAUAUUGACUUAGUGUGGUUUACUGUAAAUGUUUCUUAUUCUGUUGGUGCUCUCCAUAUAGAUUGUGUGGGUUGGCCUUUUUCUUUCUGGAAUUUUGAUGAUUAAUUUGUGGAUCGUUUUUUGUUUGAAUUUGAGGUUUAUUUUUAUUGUCUUUUCUGCCAUUUUAUUCUUAGGGCAGAUUUUUGGUGGAUGGAUCCAUCAUGUCACACCCUAUGUGGCAGUCUUGGUUCCCCUCAAUAGUACUUCAAUUGUGGCACUCGAUUGUUUAGAAAAAUACAUGUAAAUCAAAUGGAAAAAAUGAAGACAUUUAACAUCCCAAAGAGAAAGUUUGUUAAUAUCAAAUAAGGUAUAUUCAUAAUAAAAGAUUUGCCAUUA